AUGAGGGUUCAGUCUCUUUUCCGGGCGCAAGCACUUGCCACGAGCAGUCUUCGCUCUUCAGCACGCUCGGUUGCGACGCCUUCACGAUGCGCUCUUUCGACCAUUGCGGCAACGCGCACGCCCUAUACCAACGGCACCAAGACAGACACAUGGAUAGGGGCCCACACCACGAAGCCACAACGAAGAUGGCAGUCUGCGGCUGCGCAAGUGCUGGAGCAAGCAAAGGAAGACCCCUCUACCUUGACGCAAGAGAAAAUCGUCGAGAACCUAGACCCUGUCGAAUGGGAGCGACUAUCGCGAGUGCGAAACAUCGGCAUCGCAGCACACAUCGACUCCGGCAAGACCACCGCCACCGAACGCGUCCUCUUCUACACCGGCCGAAUCAACGCCAUACACGAGGUACGCGGCAAAGAUGCUGUGGGUGCCAAGAUGGACUCUAUGGAUCUCGAGCGUGAGAAGGGCAUCACUAUCCAGUCUGCUGCGACCUUCUGUGACUGGAUCAAGAAGGACGAUGAAGGAAAGGACCAGAAAUACCACAUCAACUUGAUUGACACUCCAGGCCACAUCGACUUUACAAUCGAGGUAGAGAGAGCACUGCGAGUCCUUGAUGGAGCCGUCAUGAUCCUGUGUGCUGUCAGCGGAGUGCAAAGUCAGACCAUCACAGUCGACAGGCAGAUGAGGCGGUACAACAUUCCAAGGAUUUCCUUUGUGAACAAGAUGGAUCGUAUGGGAGCCAACCCGUGGAAGGCUGUCGAACAGAUCAACCAGAAGCUUCGCAUACCGGCUGCGGCUCUCCAAGUACCCAUCGGCCGCGAGGAUGGCUUUUUGGGUGUUGUGGAUCUGGUCAGGAUGAAGGCGAUUUACAACGAAGGACCCAAGGGCGAGACCAUUAGGGAGACCGACGAGAUACCUGCGGAUAUUAUUGAGCUCUGCAAGGAGAAGAGGCAGAAGCUCAUCGAAACACUUGCAGAUGUCGACGAUGAGAUCGCAGAGCUUUUCUUGGACGAGCAGGAACCGACAAUUCACCAGAUCAAGGCUGCGAUUCGACGAGCCACCAUCUCCCUCAAGUUCACCCCGGUUAUGAUGGGCUCCGCGCUUGCAGACAAAUCCGUGCAACCAAUGCUCGACGCUGUUUGCGACUACCUACCAAACCCCUCCGAAGUCGAGAACAUGGCACUGGACAAGAAGCGAGCAGAGGCACCGGUCAAGCUGGUAUCAUACAACUCUUUGCCAUUUGUCGGUCUGGCUUUCAAGCUAGAAGAAAGUAGUUUUGGACAAUUGACAUACAUCCGUGUGUACCAGGGUACGCUCAGAAAGGGAAUGAAUGUAUUCAACGCGAGGUCAGACAAGAAGGUCAGGAUACCGAAGAUUGUGCGCAUGCACUCCAACGACAUGGAGGAAAUCCAGGAAAUUGGUGCUGGAGAAAUCUGUGCCGUGUUCGGUGUUGACUGCGCGUCUGGAGAUACCUUCACUGACGGUAAUCUUGGAUACACCAUGACCUCCAUGUUCGUACCCGAACCCGUCAUCUCCCUAUCAAUCAAGCCCAAGCACACCAAAGAUACACCCAACUUUAGCAAAGCCAUGAGCCGCUUCACGCGCGAAGACCCUACAUUCCGAGUCCAUACCGACCCCGAAUCGCAAGAGACCAUCAUCUCCGGUAUGGGAGAACUACAUCUGGACAUCUAUGUCGAGCGCAUGCGCCGCGAAUACCGCGUCGAGUGCGAAACCGGACAACCACAAGUCGCCUACCGCGAGACAAUGACCAAGCGCGUCAACUUCGACCACACGCUCAAGAAGCAGAGUGGUGGGUCAGGAGAUUACGCGCGAGUAGUCGGCUGGAUGGAGCCAAGCGAAGCUGCUGGUGAGAACAAGUUCGAGCAACAGAUUUCCGGAGGCACCAUCUCCGAGAAGUUCCUCUUCGCCUGUGAAAAGGGCUUCAUGGCCUCCACGGCCAAGGGCCCGCUUCUCGGCCAUAAGGUUUUGGGUACUUCCAUGAUCAUCAACGACGGAGCUACCCACGCUGUCGAUUCCUCGGAAAUGGCCUUCAAAAUGGCCACCCAGCAAGCUUUCCGCAAAGCUUUCCAGGCCGGUGCGCCUCAGGUACUUGAGCCGCUUAUGAAGACGACCAUCACGGCGCCGAAUGAGUUCCAGGGUUCUGUUGUUGGUCUUCUGAAUAAGCGCAAUGCUGUUAUCAACGAUACGGAGAUUGGUCCGGAGGACUUUACUGUCUAUGCGGAUUGCAGUUUGAACAGCAUGUUUGGCUUUAGCAGCCAGUUGCGUGCUAGUACGCAGGGUAAGGGGGAGUUUAGCAUGGAGUUUAGCCAUUACAGUCCCGCGCCGCCGCAGCUGCAGAAGGAGCUUGUGGCAAAGUACGAGAAGGAACAGCAGGCUAGGAAUGCGUAA